AUGCACUCAUCGGAGAGAGGGAACGAAGACGAUGGUGAAGUUGUGGUACCGGGAAUCAAGGAGGAAGAAGAACUAACUAAGGAAGAUUCUAAGUCCGAAGAACCAACGGCGAGAAGGGAUAAAGUUGUGGAAGUGAUUGACUUAGUGUCAAGUGAUGAUGAAGGCGUUCCAACUUUGGUAGUAGAGACAAGAGAUAAGCAAGACCCGAAACUAAGAGACCGCAAACAAGAAGCUGAUGUCAGUACGGAGUUUAUGGAGGACGCGAGAUUGAGGCCUAGCGCAAGUCGUAUAGUGAGAGAACAAGGAGAACCAAGUCAAAUUGCGAGCAAUCAAGGAGACCAAGACCAAGUUGUACCAGACCCUGUGGAGUCGAACCAGAUAGUGCUGAGACGCAAUAGCCCCAUUCGAGCUGUGCCAUUACAGAUGGUGUUACCGGGGGAAGAGGAGGAACCAAUGGACCGAGAUUUGGAGAAGCUCGCUAGAAUGUAUGAGUUGAGGAGGCAGAACCGAGAACAUAUAAGGUUCGAAAUUGGUGAGAGUAGUUCGAAUUUGAAGAAGCCGAGAAUGUCGUACCAAGAAUUUCAGGCGAUGGAACGGCCAGAGACACGGCCAGUGACCUCUCAACCAAGAGGCAGGCUGAGGAUGAGGGCCACUGCUCGUAAGAAAAUGGUUUACCCGAAUCAAGUUCACAUGAGAAACACGCCCUACUGCGAACUGUGCGAAGGCGUCGGACAUUGGACGAAGAACUGCUGGAGGACAGCGUUAAGACGCAUGUGCGACCCGACGAACCAGGAUUGUGAGUGGUGCGGAAUGCGAGGGCACUUUGCCUAUCGCUGCCCAAACCCUGACCGUAUGAGAUAUUGGAGGCAAUGUGAAGCAUGUGGAGAACCAGGGCAUCCGAACAACCAUUGCUGGAGGACAAGACCACAACACUUUGUGGACCCGGAACAAGUUAUGUGUACAGUGUGUGGAGAGCUGGGGCACUUAGGCGACCACUGUUGGAGAGCAAGACCAGAGCGAAUGAUAUUCCAAGAACCAAGUAGGUGUACCGAGUGUGGUGAGAGUGGACAUUUUUCUCCUAACUGUCCAUAUCAGAUUGUGCGCGAGAAUUUGAACCCAAUCAAUCAACGUGAGGAGAUGGGAGAGAAUCCGAUAGGAUGA